AGGGGUUCCUUGAGAACGUAUUCAAAGCAUCUCUAGGUGGUGAAGAUGAGAAGACAAGGAGUCAAUUGGGGCUCAAUGGCGUCCCUCCUUACCACUCUUCUAGUGGUACUUUUGUCUCUUAGCUUUCCACUGGAGACCACUGCAAACUACUACUACUAUCACUCCCCUCCACCACCCAAGAAAUCUCCCCCUCCGCCCUCUCCUCCUUACCACUACAAGUCACCACCACCACCUCCACCGGUGCAUAAAUUUCCUCCACUAGCACCAGCUAAGCCCCCACACAAGCCCCCACAUAAACCACCACCAACCCCUGUUUACAAGUAUAAAUCACCACCACCACCACCUCCACCGGUGCAUAAAUUUCCUCCACUAGCACCACCUAAGCCCCCACAUAAACCACCACCAACCCCUGUUUACAAGUAUAAAUCACCACCACCACCUCCUCCACCGUCACCACCUCCACCUUCACCACCUAAGCCACCACACAAGCCACCGCCACCUCCACCAUCACCACCUAAGCCACCACACAAGCCACCAUCACCUCCACCAUCACCACCUAAGCCACCACACAAGCCACCACCAACCCCUGUUUACAAGUACAAAUCACCACCACCACCACCACCACCACCAACCCCUGUUUACAAGUACAAGUCUCCACCACCACCUCCACCAUCACCUCCUAAGCCACCACACAAACCACCACCACCUCCACCAUCACCACCUAAGCCACCACACAAGCCACCACCGACCCCUGUUUACAAGUACAAAUCACCACCACCACCUAAGCCACCACACAAGCCCCCACCAACCCCUGUUUACAAGUCACCACCAGUCCCCAAGUGUCCACCACCAUCACCACCUAAGGCACCUUACAAGCCUCCCACUCCAGCCUACAAGUACAAGUCGCCACCUCCACCGCCACCUCCAAAACAUUACUAUUACACUUCACCUCCUCCUCCUCCUCACCACUACUAAGAAAGGCCUAGAGACAAAAUGGUAAGCUUGUUACAUUAUACUUUCAGAUACUUAAAACUUUAAUGAAAGCCUUAAAAUGCUUACUUAACAUAUAUAGGAAUGCUGAACGAAAUAUUAAAACAUAUCAACACAAUUUAUGGACAUUUUCCUCUUCACUUCGUUUUUUGCAGGAAAGAGCUGAGGUUUGUUAGGAUGUAUGGCGGUGAUCAGAA